AUGGCAACCCUGAAGUCAUAUCCCAUCACUUCUAUGAAGGACGCGGUGCCCGUCCUCUCGACUCUACUCUCGAUGGCCUGCGUCAAAGCCGGACGGCAUGUGAACGAGGAGUUGUUGUCGGAUUCUGUCUGCGAACGGGUUUUGGUCACUCAUACUCAACUCUACCAACUUCUGAAGGCGGAUUCUUGCAUAUACUCGCAAGUCAUGGAUUCUGUUUCGUUCCCUCCGCUCGUGUCUGUGCCCGUUUUGGAGGACCUUCAUGAACUGCGCGACUACAUAGAGUGGGCUUCGUCCAGUGAUGAAAUCUUCAAGCCCUGGAUGCCCAAGUCUUGGGAUUUCAGUCCAACAUACAGCGACGCUGAUGUAACACGCCAUUUUGAAUCUCUCGAUCUUCGAAAAACGCCCAACACAGACAACUUGUGCAUUAUUCUGUACAACCUUGGAAAAUUCAAGCAACAUACCGCUCUCCACGAGCGACUGGGGCGUUUGUUCUCUCCUUGCGACAAAUUUUUCGUCAACUCCUCUGGCACUGGGAAAACCCGUUUAUGCUUCGAAGGGCUGUGCUCAAACUGGGGCUUCUACUUCACAUUCGCGGUCGGCCGUACCAGACUCGGUAGCCAUGACUGGCAGUUAGCGAUCCAAAAGCAUUGCGCAUUUGGCAAAGGCUUUAACAACACCCAACUUGACGAUCGCCAGAGGCAAGAGCAAAAUUCGACUUUGGCAUUACGAUGUUUCGGCCCAAUUUUACUCGCAAGGCUACUUGUAUUCCAGAUUUUUCUGGAAAUGGCUUCCGCUGGUACUUUGACGGAAGAACACAAGGCUCGUUGGCUUCAAAUCCAACUUGCCCCUCACGCAUUUACGUAUGGGGGAAUGGAUACUUUUGGGUCACUUUCUGACCUGCUUGUCACUAAUGAUGCACCAUACCUCCAAUCAAACAUCGACGAUGCAUUGCGCAAAAUACGGAAAGUAAUCGGACCCGAUGAACCUCUUUUUAUCGUCUUAGAUGAAGCCCAAAUUGCUUCUUCGACCUUGCGGGACUCUUUUGGGGAUGGGAAGCCGCUUCUCUGGGAGAUCAUUCGAGGAUGGAAAGUCUUGACACGAGAUACCUGUAAAUUCAUCUGCGUGGGCACUGAUUUCCCACCCCCAAUUCUGCUCGAAAGCUUCGAACUGACCUCCGAAACCGGCUGCUUUGAUGAUCCAGACACACACGAGACGUACAUUACCCAGUUCUUACCCCCAAAGUUUCGUGAUUCGGCCUCGGGUCGAUUCCUCGUUGCUCGUCUUUGGCGGUGGUGCCGAGGAAGGUACCGGUUGACGGAUGAAUUUCUUUCGAUGCUCCUAUCAGAAGGACUUCAAUAUCCGCAUAGCUGUCUCUCACAUUUCAUUCACAACAGUACUCGGUUAGCACCGCUUGAUGCCCUCAAAAGACAUUUUGAGGAAGAUUUGCCAAGAAACUUCGUUUGGGUAUCGAGCAUCAUCAAAGUAACCGACUUUUCUAAGCUCUCCCCAGACCACAAAGACCUCUUGCUGAAUAUCCUCUAUCGCUAUAUGUCAACGCACGAGGGCCUCCGUUUGAAUACUGGUGAAUAUACCGAGCUGGUAACCAAAGAACGUCAUGCCCGUUUCACGGACAAUGAGUGUCUCCAAGUUGCCUUGGAUGAACCGCUGUUCUUGGUUCGAGCUGCGCGUCAGCUCUUUCCAUUCCCAAUCAAGGCAUACUCACGUGAUCGUCCACAUCACUUUCCCUCGACUUUCAUCACCAGUCUUCGUCUCAACCUUCCUCCAACAAGACAAAGUCUAGCUUACUGCCUUGCGUUCUAUAUAACGCAAGUAUUCGGCGAAGCACGCCCGCUGCUCGAUAUCGUCGACUUUCCACAUGUUGUUCCGCCAUGGGCUCGGCAAACAGCCCGACUUGUUCGGUUAUACUUGGACGAGCAGGGUGAACUUCAGCACCAACUGGUUCUCCCUGACGCCUAUGAAUCCUUAACGCCCCUUGCAACGGCCACAGCAACGUUGAAUGAAACGACCAAAUGGAUCAACCAUGAAUACGGGACUACUUUCUGCAUCCCAUCUUCUCCGAAUAUCGACCUACUCUACGCCCUUCAACUUUCCGAUAAAUCAUUCAUCUGGAUCGCUGUUCGUCUGUUUGCAACGGAUGAACCUGUAAUGCCUGACACUCUCCGUCAUGCCAUUUCGCUCUUAGACAUCGACAGUAUUUUCGCCGAGACCCCUGCGGAUAUGGUUACAUCAAGGCGUGCUUCAGAUGGGUUAGGAUCGCUGCCUGGCGUUCGACAAAGACCUUGCGUUUUACGCACCAUUUCUGGUUUUCCCAUCGAAGUUGACCUUCAAGCAAGCGUUGAUAAACGCUCUCGAGAUGCUGUAGCCCUCAGUCUGACGAAACUGCGCCUUCGAGAAACUCAGGUUAUGCAGGAAGACUUCUUUGCCGCUAUGGUCAAUGGCGUCAUCGCUGGGACUAAACGGAAAUCUAGAUGGGACGACGGCUCGAUGCACGUAGAGCGCAAGCGGGCGAAGAAGCUGAUUCGAGAAACAAAACCUCCAAGGCAGGAUGACGACGGCAUUUCGGACCAUUCAGAGACGAUGGUUUCUGACCCUGGUUAUGGUUGGGAUGUGCGACCAGAGGAGUUUUGGGAGGAGGAGGUUCGACUAGAGUCUGCUAUCGGAGCUGUGGAAGCUCCGCCGUCUCCUCGGAAAACUCGAAAACAAAAGCCGCAGCCUUUCAAGCCCAAACCUGAGGUGAAGAAGGGAAACCGCUGGGGUAAACCGCCGGGAACCCGGAAGAAGCCGCGCCAAUAG